AUGCAAGGCAUGCAAGGGCAGCAACCAACCACUCCUGCUCCUACUCCUCAGGCUGCAGCAGGGCCUGACUUUCGUGCUUUCUUUCGGAUGGAUCCGCCAGAGUUCUUGGGUGGCUUGGAUCCGGUGAUUGCUCAUGAUUGGUUGUACGGCAUGGAGAUGAUAUUUCAGGCCAUUCAGUGCACAGAAGAAGAGAAGGUGAUUUUUGCUGCUCAGAAAAUGAAGGGGCCAGCAGGUAGAUGGUGGAAUACGGAGUCUACGUAUUUCACUAACCGAGGGAUUCCAAAGGAUUGGCAGCACUUUAAGACAGCGUUCUUGGAGAAGUUUGAAGACAGUGAAUUUCAAUCUUUCAAGCAAGGCAACAUGUCGGUAUCUGAAUAUGCCGAGAAGUUUGAGGACAUGGCUGCCUAUUCUAGACAAGCGGCUUAUGCACCAGAUGAGUUGUGGAAGAUUGAUCAGUUCCUCAUGGGGCUGAAUGCUGAUAUUGUGCACAGUGUAUCUCAGAGGGAGUUUACCACCUAUGCUGAGUGUUUAAGGCAAUGCUAUGUUGCCGAGAACACAUUGAAGAGGGUCCAAGAUGAAAGAGAGCAGAACAAGCCGAUUCGUAGGGAUCAAGGAAGGUCGGGACAACAUUUGAAACCCCGCAAUUCUCCAGCUAUGAAGAAACAGGUCUAUGGAGAUCGCUCUACUCAGCCUCCCCGAUGUGGUAGAUGCAAGGCAAACCACUUUGGGAAUUGCAAGCCAGACUCUGGGAGAUGUUACCGUUGUGACCAGCCAGGGCAUUACGCAAGGGAUUGUACUGCCCCGAAUGCUCCCGAGAAGACUAGAGGUCGUGUUUACACCUUGGACGCUAGGAAGGCCCAAGGAAACACUAAUCUUGUUGCUGGUACGUGUUAUGUUAAUGAUCAGCCCUUGUUUGUGCUAGUUGAUUGUGGAGCAACACAUUCUUUUAUUUCUUAUCCUUGUGUGCGGAGGCUUGGUUUUGAGACGAGUCUUCUUCCUAAUCCUAUGAUUAUCUCGUCGGCUACGGACGAUGUAGUAUAA